AUGGAAUGUGCCUGGUGGCUCACGACUCCAGACUAUGAUCAGAAAAAUAUUGACAUCAAGCUUUCGUCGUGUGUCCCCGACGACAAGGACAAUUGUUAUCUGUACUAUGUUCGGCUGUGGGACAGUCGUGGACCGGACAAGAGGAGAUUGAACAAGAUUAAUGAUACCGACAUUAUUUCCUAUUCAACCCGAUCGAGUUCGGUUAUCGUGGAAUAUUUCGGUUGUGAGGCCGAAAUGCCCAUUCGCUUGGAUAUCAGUUUGAGCGAAUAA